GCUCUGUCAACAUCCUUCAUCAACAGCAUCUUGUUGACCAGAUAGGAUAGCAUCAUUGUCGCAACACAUUCCUAUACGCACCGCUGAUUGAGCGAUCCUUCAAAAUGACGGAAGUCUCAAGGUAACAACUCCAUCGAUACCAACUACCAACUUCGGCGGCAGAGAAACGAAUCUAACACCGCGGAUAGUACUCGUCUCUACUUGGGAAAUCUGCCGAGAAAUGGUAAGUGGAUGAAAUGCGAUCGCGCUCCCUCUGCGCUCUCAUUCUCCUAGUUCUUGGUGCUGUUGAUUUCUUGACCACGUCCCUGUGCUAAUCCAAUCAUGCAGCCACCAAGGCGGACGUCGAGGCACAUUUCAAUACCCACGGCACGGGCGAGAUCACUGAGAUCAAGCUCAUGAAUGGCUUCGGAUUCAUCGAAUACAAGGAUGCAAUGGAUGCGCGCGAUGUUGUUCCUGGUAUGGCCCCAAAACACCCCAUGCGACACGAUGGAUCGAAGAGCCCUUGUGCGACGCGGGCUUUGAGGUUACCUGCUUACACUAUACUAUCUACAGCCUUUCACGGUUCCGAUUUCAUGGGUGAACGCUUGACGGUUCAAUUUGCUCGGGGUACUCGCAGUCGUGAUGGACCCUUUGCAAACAAUGAGCGCACCGCCCCUCGUCCUCGCCGCACGCCCCAUCGCAUGCAAAUAUCUGGACUCCCAGGUGAAACCAGCUGGCAGGUCUGUUUCCCCCGUUCCUUCACCCGGACUCUUGGAUCUCAAUUCGUGCUAUUCGGACUCUGAACUAUCGCAUUCAUAUAUAAAUUGGACCGCUUUAAUGUUAUUGAUCCAAUAUUCGGCAAGAUUUUCUUAAGUCCAGGCCGUCAUGCCAUGUUUGGCCACACAGAGCCAUUUCAGCAUGUUAGUGCAUUUGCCUGAGCAGCCUUGGACUUGGAGGAUUUCCAAUCCCUUCUCCCUGGCCUUUCUUAUCCUGUUUCGACUCCUUCUGUUGUCCUUUAUUGCUGCCCCUUACGUAUCUGGAAAGCAAUUACUUUGCACAGGAGAAUGCAACUCAACCGUUGGACCAUGUAAAUAUCAUCCUCGGGACUUUUUGUACUGGCAACUUUUGGAGGGCAACUACCUAUGGCUUGGCACUAUCGCACCAACAUACCUGGACAACGACUUACAUGGAUUCUGGAUUUAGGAUCUCAAAGACUUCGCGCGUCAAUCCAGCCUUGACGUUGUUUAUUCCGAGACCGGGCGUGACCGGGAUGGAAAGGGUGCAUCGUAGGUGUUUCCUUCUAGCAUCUCUUAGACGUCUUUUAACGGGGAGACAGGAGCUUUGUUGAAUUUGAAACCGCUGCGGAUCUGAAAACUGCAGUGGAAAAGCUUGAUGGUCGCGAAUUCAAGGGUGCUCGUGUGACUUGUGUUGCAGACGUAUGUAGCUGUGUAUCCUUUCAAUCUUGCAUCUUACUAAACUCAACAGACUCAACCGGAUAUUCCGCGCGACAGAUCAGCUCGUUCUCGAUCACCCGUUCGUCGUCCUUACCCGGAUGAUUAUGACCGACGUGGACCACCCCGUGGAUACAGCCCUCGCAGAGACGGUGGUUACCGUGAUAGAAGCCCUCCCAGACGUGGCUAUUAUGAUGAUGACCGUGGACGCUAUGGUCGUUCCCCACCAAGAGCCCGCGGCCCUAUUGAUGAUUAUCCACCUCCUCGUGGUCGAUUUGAGGAUCCUUACAGACGUGACUACCCUCCGGAUCCAUAUGUGAACGGUAGACCUCCAUAUGAUAGAGGACCACGGGACUAUCCUCCUAGAGAUCGCCGAGGUUACGGUGAGGACUAUCCACCUAGCCGUUACUGAAAGGUGAGCCACUCCACUACACAUAAAUGGUUGCCUUGGCUAAUUCAAUAGACCGAAUUUCUGAAGUACACUGCGAUCAAGCAUUCUGAUAAGCUAGGGGGCAAUUGCGCCACACACAAUAUUGGGGAGUACGUCCUCAGAUAUGAGUGUGUGGAUGAUUAUGAUGCAGAUACACGAAUUUUCUCUUUAUUUGAUUUCCAUGGGGUUUAUUACCAAAAGUCCUUGGGUUUUUCCUCGAUCGGUGGCACUGGACUCGAUUCAUGCUCGGGCAUCAGAGAUAAGCAUCUUGCAUGUAAUUAAUUGAUAGGACAAUUGAAUGGUUUUUUCUUACUACA